AUAAUUGAAAAAUGAAAGACACAGACAAAGUGAAUGGGAAAAAAUUAUUAACAUCUACCCACAACGCCCCUUUGGCAGGGGCUUGGACAUCUCAAUGCCCUGCGUGAGAGGGUGUUGCAAGGCCAACUGAGAUACCUUUGCAGAGCGUGUUUCACACUGUGCCAGUUCAGUUGCUGCAAGGGACGAUGCAUGAUGCCACCAGGAGUGUAGAAAUGCAUACACCAAAUUAAUAUUCAGUAUAAAUAAUUCAUGGAUGCAAUCACUAUGAAGGAUGAAGGAGACGGGGUUUGCCUGCAAAUCUUAUUAUUACCAUUUUAUUUUUAUUCUGCUAAGGAUGUCACUGUAAACACAGGACUACUAUGUGGUCACUCCUGAUUCUGUUGGGCUUUUUUAUAUGGUUGCAUCAUUAAAAGGAUGUCCUUGUUAAAUACUAAGAAACUCCACCCAUCCACAGCUAAUCAGUAACUGGUACUUAGGAACAAACUACCCCCAUGGGUAUGUUAUACAUAACUGAUUGUUUGCCAAUUCAGUCUUGAGAGUAUGAGCCAGCCGCUGAAAUUGAAAGGAAAUAGCAUCUGAGUCAGGAGAAUGAAGGAAGUUUUGGGUUCUCCCUCUUUCCCAUGCAUACACUUACACUAGUUUACAAGUCUGUUAAGUUUGAGAAGCAUACAAAGAAUCAUGCUGCUUAAUGCAAAAACCCGUGCUUUAUUUUGUAACCAUGGAAGAAGUGAAUUCACUGCUUCCAAAAAAACUACAUAGUACAAUUGAUUGAAAAAGUUUUGCAGUUUUCAGAAAUUAUUCCAGUAAAAGAGGAAAACAACCCCCUGAUUCACAGAUGCCAAGAGACUUUAGGCAUCUCAGUUGCCUGGGAAACAUAACAGGUUGUUGUUAUAACAACGGGAGACCAGCUGACUUUCCAUUUCAUUUUAUCGACCAGCUGCAAAACUCCUUGGUCAUGCAAGUCUUGAACAUCUGACCAUGGUUUUUAUGUGAUUUCCUUGUGAGAGCUUUGUAAACUUUUAUACUCAAUUAUUUGCUGAAAUAUGCAAAGUUAUACUGCCUGAUGUGAAUAUUUCAGUUUGCAAAAUAGCCUUACAUUUCCAUACUCUGUCUCCAAGGCAACACCACAUUAUCCAUUUAAGUGCCUAUAGUGUCAUGAGAUAAGAGGGGAAAAAAAGAAGAUACCCAAGGUAAUUUCAAAUCUAUUCAUUCAAUGAUGCUUAAUAAAACUACUUGGACUUGCAUCAAGGUGAUUCAAACAAGGGUCUGAGAUGCAUCUAAGCUUCUAAACUCCGUAGUGUUCAUUUAUAGUGUACUAAGCUCUGUAGUUUUUUAGAAGUUCAAGUUUUACAGAGCCUCCAACUUCCACAGAGCUGGAUUAAAGCACCCCAAGAGAAUCAAGACAAACUAUAUGGAGACCCAUGGCACACUGAUGUUCUCCCUCCACACAGCAACCCCAUACAGUGAUUAUGUGUAGUGACACCUGUAAUAGGAGUGUCAUUUGGAGGGACCUGUCACCGUUUAUUUUUUACCACAUUGCACCUUUGCUGUCCUGAGGUGGAUUGACUGCCAGACUGAGGUCUUUCCCAAGGAAGAGAGGAUUCAUCCUCCACGGACAUGGAAGGAGACUCCUUGUGUGAGGCCUGGCAAAGUAAAACAUGCAAAUAACCUGACUACCAGAGCUCCAGCAAUUAUAAAAGAGAUUACAACAACAGUUCCUAUCUCAGCCCAGCAACAAAGGAAUAUGGGGUCAGGGGGGUUCAGGAAACGAAAGCAUGACAAUUUCCCCCAUGGUCAAAGGAGAGAGGAUAAAGAGAAUGUUACUUCAUCUUCAGCUUUGAUGAUAUCUUUUAAGUCAUUUCAACUUGAGCUUGAUACAAGACAUGAUAAAUAUGAAAGACUUGUGAAGCUUAGUCGUGAUAUAACUAUAGAAAGUAAAAGGACAAUAUUUCUACUUCACCGGAUUACUAGUUCCCCUAACAGAGAAGAAAUACUAAAUGAAUCUGAGGUCAAAUUAGAUGCUGUCCGACAGAAGAUUAAGCAAGUAGCACAAGAAUUAACAGGAGAGGACAUGUAUCAAUUCCACAGAGCCAUCUCUCCAGGGCUUCAGGAAUAUGUAGAAGCUGUCUCUUUUCAGUAUUUCAUCAAAACACAUUCAUUAAUUAGUGCAGAAGAGAUUAAUAAACAACUGGUAUUUACACUGGAAGAAAAAGAGGAAACAACAAACACACCUUCCUCCAAUUCCCAUGAUAAGCAGCAGCACACCUGGAGCCUGAAGGUGACACCUGUAGAUUACCUGCUCGGAGUGGCUGAUCUAACAGGAGAGCUGAUGCGGUUGUGUAUCAGCAGCGUUGGAAAUGGUGAUAUCGACACCCCUUUUGAACUGAGCCAGUUUUUACGUCAGAUUUAUGAUGGCUUUACCUACAUUGGCAAUACUGGACCCUACGAAGUCUCUAAGAAGCUCUAUACCUUGAAACAGAGUCUAGCCAAAGUAGAGAAUGCUUGUUAUACGUUAAAAGUGAGGGGCUCAGAAAUCCCAAAGCACAUGUUGGCUGAUGUUUUCUCCACCAAAGCUGAUAUGAUGGACCGAGAAGAGGGUCUUUCCUAAAAUAGCAAGACUGUCACAGCCCUUAAGGUGAUUGAACUGUAGAGGUGGAAACUUGUUAAUAUUUAGGUUUUGUUCUCAGUAGACUUUGUCAUGGCUUUUAUGUAGUAACAUUUUAUCUAACAAGUAAGAUUGUUUGCAAUGGUAAAUUUGUAACCAAAAAAAAAUUCUUUACAUGAUGUACAGGUGAACAAGUGUUUUCUGUCAGUGAGAAAUUUCCUCUCUUCCCCUUCUCUGUGUUGUCAAAAAUAGCCAAAUGUCACUGCUGUUCUCACUGUCCUGUGUCUUUCACAGAUACAAAUUAAUUCCAUGCUGUCUUGGCCAUUGCAGCUGAUUGUCAGUGGUCAAGUGGUGCUUCGAGUAGAUUGAGAAUUGCCUUGUGAUGCCACAUAACCCCCGGAUUCCUGUUGCACCACAUUCCUCGAUAAACACUUUUUUGUGUUCAGGUCAGAGAUAAAGUAGUGCAGCCAAGUUAGAACGAAGAUGCACAGGUUUGAAAAGUAGCAGCUUUCUGCUUGAAUCAAGAGGGAACGAACCCAGACUCGGAAGGUCUUACUAGGCCCAUUGGAGCAUCCUUGUCUGAUACCGUCUCACCAGCUUAUCCCAUUUAUAUUUAACACAAUUUUUUAUCUCCUUGGACAUAAAAUUGAAGCAUGGCCAAAAGUGCUCUGUGACCUAGUUUUGUCUGAUUAACAUUCACAGCUAAAACAGUUUUUGAUAGCUGAUCAAAAAACUGGCAGACCAGGUAAAUGUCCCUGCAUACCCACCAUUCCAGAACUCGCAGCUUUAUUUCAUCUCUGCUAGUUCAGUUACUUUGGAACCGUAAUGUUUUGGCAUCAAUUAAAAAAAGUACAGGAGUUCAUCGUUGUUCUUUUUCCAAACAAAAGCUUUAGUGAGUGCAGGAUCUGCUAGAUUGCCGGCUAUAUCAGUUCCUUUACAAUACUGAACAAAGAUGCUUAUCAUGGAUAAUUCAAUGCUAGAAUAUAAUGUGCAUUCCUGGGUGCUAGCUGCAUGCUUGUAUCCAAAGAAGAUACAAAGCUCAAGACAGUAGGGAUAAUUUUGCCUUCUACUGUAUUUAUGGUGCCCUGAGGGACACCAGUAGGAUUGAAUUGCGUAUCUGAAAGAAGAAGUUGGAUAAUUAUAUUUAACAGAGUGGUGCAAUAUGUCAGAAAUGAGUCUUGUGCACCUAUGAGACAGAAAUUAGAGGGGGAGGGAUAAAAAUAAGGCAGAUAAAAUAACAUGCCCUUUAAAAAAUUGAGCUUCAGGAAAUAAGCCCCUCAAGUACUAAUGAAAAUGUUGCUUGGUUUGUUUUUUUUUAUUUCCACCUCCAUAUGCUGUGAUACUGCCAAUAUUUUUCUCAUGAGCAUGGCAUGUCCAAGGUAAUUUGAAUCAUGGAUGUAUUGAUCAGAACAGUUACUUAGGGUUUAUCACAGUUUUUUGUUUCUCUGUAAAGCAAUGUUUGGUGGGUUAAAAAAGAGUGUGUUUUCCAAAUGUUUAAUACUUUUUUUACAAUAAAAGUAAUUAUAUUGAUA